GACCAUAGCCCAUAGAACCAUAAGGGCCCAUAACCCACCAAUCUAUCCAAGUCAAGAUUCAACAAAACAAACUAAGAAUAAGCACCACACAUUAGAUAAUUACUAUGCUCAUCCAUUAUUACAUUUGAGUUCUUCCAAAUUUUAUGUACCUCCAAUUUGCAUGGCUUUUGUUCACUAUAAAUAAGUCAUAGUAUUAUCAUCACAUUUUGCUAAUUAAGUUAUUUGAAUUUAACAUUCAUAAAAAAGAAUAUGAAAGGAUCCUUGUUUUCCACUUUAAUCUUGUUUCUUGGGCUCAUUUUGAUGACCCGAGUUUGUCAUUGUUACGGGGGUGGUUACGGGACGCAACUACAACAACGAUUUUAUGAAGGUAAGUGUGGGGGAAACGUCGACGUUGAAAGUGUUAUAUUUGGAAUAAUUAAGCAGAAGAUUGCAAGUGAACCAGAUACUGUGUCUGAUCUUGUUCGUUUAUCAUUUCAUGAUUGCUUUGUCAGGGGUUGUGAUGGAUCCAUAUUUCUCGAUGGGGAUAACACUGAGCAAAAAGCUGUAAUAAAUCAAGGGAUUGGAGGCAUCGACACUAUUAAUGAUCUUAAAGAUGCUGUUGAGAAAGUUUGUCCAGGAGUCGUCUCUUGUACUGAUAUCCUUGUUAUAGGUGCUAGAGCGGCUAUUUCCUUGGCAGGAGGGAAAUACUACGAGGUAGAAACAGGAAGAAGAGAUGGAGUUGUGUCCAUAAAAAGUGAAGCACAAGCUGCCAUUCCUCCUCCAACGAUGCCAAUACAACAAGCCAUUGCCUUGUUUGCUCAGAAAGGGCUUACUAAGGACGACUUCGUUGUUCUUUUAGGUGGACAUACAGUUGGAACCGCACACUGCCACUCAUUCAAAGAUCGUCUAUACAAUUACCGUACUACCCAAAAACCAGACUCAACCAUCAGCACAACUCUACUCCAAAACUUGCAAAAAACAUGUCCACUUAACGAUGAAACAGACAAUGAAGCAUUCCUUGACCAAACUCCAGACAGCAAUUUCAAGAUCGACAACGCGUACUAUAAGCAAAUUUUAGCACAAAACGGUGUGUUGGAGAUUGAUCAAAACUUGGCUUCGAGUCCUCAAACAAAAGACAUGGUUAACACACUAGCCCAGGGUCCUGAUACAUUUCAGAACUUGUUCGGUCGGGCUAUGGUCAAGAUGGCUAGAAUUGGAGUCCUUACUGGCACCCAAGGUCAGAUCAGGAAAUCUUGUGGUUCUAUCAAUACUUAAAGUGUUUCGGCCUCGAUCGAACCAGAAUUGGUUCUGGUUCGAUCUCGUACCACGGUGUUGAGAACAGACGUGUCUAGCUUCCAAGUGUAUUUUAAUGUUUAAGAAAAUGUAUUUGGUUCCAUCUUACAGUUUAAGUAAUGAAUUGAAGUACUCCGUAACGGUUUACUUUUACUA